ACAUAAUGGUUCACUGAACUAUUAAUACCCCAUUUUUCAACAAUUGGAAACAUGUUUUGUGGGAUCUAAAGGCCAAGGAAUUGAUCAUGUUACAGGAAGGACAUGAUUUUGAAAGUGAAAGGAAAUGCGAAUCCAGAUGGUGGAAGGAACUAUCAGUGCUGACUCGGAGAUCUUUCGUGAACAUGUCAAGAGAUUUGGGAUACUACUGGAUAAGGAUAACCACCUAUAUCGCCUUAUCUUUGUGCGUUGGAAUAAUCUUCCAUGAUGUUGGAACGAGUUACAGAGCCAUUUUUGCGAGAGGAUCAUGUGCUGGUUUUCUCUCAGGUUUCAUGACGUUCAUGUCCAUUGGGAGCUUCCCUUCUUUCUUAGAAGAAAUGAAGGUCUUCUACAAAGAAAGAAUGGGUGGUUAUUAUGGCGUUGGAGUCUACAUUCUCUCAAAUUUUCUGUCUUCCUUUCCGUUUUUGGCAGUGAUGUCCACUGCUACGGGGGCUAUAAGCUAUUAUAUGGUUAAGUCUAGUUCAGAAUUUUCACACUUUUUGUAUAUCACUCUUGAUCUUCUGGGCUGCAUUGCGGUUGUGGAGAGCUCCAUGAUGGUUAUAGCUUCACUGGUUCCCAACUUCCUCAUGGGAUUGACGGUUGGAGCGGGAUAUAUUUGUAUAUGUGUGCAGGGUCUUAUGAUGAUGACUUCUGGCUUUUUCCGUCCGCUCCCUGAUAUUCCCAAAUUCUUCUGGCGUUACCCAAUAUCAUACAUCAAUUACGGCGCAUGGGGAUUAGAGGGGGCUUUCAAGAAUGACUUGAUUGGAAUGGAGUUUGAUCCCUUAGAACCUGGUGACCCAAAACUGAAAGGAGAAUUUAUCCUCAAAACCAUGCUUGGAAUUCAAGUUGAUAAUUCAAAGUGGUGGGACAUAGCUGCAAUCAUGAUCAUCCUCAUAUUGCUUAGAGUUCUAUUCUUUUUCAUUCUCAAAUUCAAGGAGAGAGCUGCACCUUUUCUUUAUAGCAUCUACGCCAGGCAAACUCUUCACCGUAUAAAGAAGAGAGCUUCAUUCAGAAAAGGACCAUCUUUCCCUUCCAAACGCCACCAAUCACUGCAUCCCUUGUCUCCUCAAGAGGAUCUCAACUCGCUCAUGCAUUAGAACCAUCAUUUGCUAAUACAAAUAUGUAAGAGUAAUAACUUAAUUGCUAUUAUUUCUUUAGGAAUAAUUAUUAACUGUCAUAAGCUCUGUAAAUAAAGCAUAUAGAUGGUGUUAUAUUUUUUUCAAUUAAUCAAUUCGAUGAUUUAUUUUUAUGGGCUUGUCUAACUUUAGAGUAAAAACGGAAUUAAACGAAGCUGUCUCGUAUUCUUUUGGGUUUUUUUCAUAUCAAAUGAAUUAUCAAAGCUCUCUUAUAAAGAAAACAAUGAUUCCUCUGCCACAGAAAAGAAGGCGAGAAGGAAGAUGUUCGGGAGCAACAAGACAAUUCACAAACAUAAAUCAAACAAGACAACAAGGACUCCAAACUGUACCUGAAUUCCGACGCGAGGUGGCGAUCAGUGCUAAUCACGCAUCCGGGAAGUUUGGCCACCGUAGUAACGGAACCAGAGCUGAAGAA